GACGCACGUGGAUGUUACUCCACAAGCGAUCAUUAAAGUUAUGGACUCUCGAGGCUCCCUUCUCUGCAGAAGUGAUGUAGGCCUACAGAUGUAAAUAUGAUGUUGUAAAUGGUCAACGGACUGCAUUCAUACGGCGCUUUUCUAACCAGUGGCCACUCAAAGCACUUUACAAUAGCACCUAACAUUCACCCAUUCAUGCACACAUUCACAGUCCGGCGGUAAUUCGGCGGCAGUCCGGCAGCUCAGCUCCGGGAGUACAAUCCCUUUCUCCUCCAUGUCUCCUCCUCCGGACUGCCGCCGAAGAGAAAGGGAUUGUACUCCCGGAGCUUAGCUGCAGGGCUGCCGAAAAGUGUUGUUUUCAUAAUAUGUCCCCUUUAAUCGUUGUGCAGAAAGUCCUUUGAUAUGCAAUCUUAUUACAUGUGGAAAUUAAUCGCGGUGGAAGCACCCCUUAACAGCCCUUGGGGGCGUUGUCAACGGGGGAAAUGAAAAUGCGGUUUGCUUUCUAGAGAAGGUUGGAUGUUUCAUAGAAGUUUCUUACAAUCUCCUGCAGAGUCCUGCCUCUGAUGCUCUGAGCUGUGUAUUAACACCACCAGAUGAUACAAAACAAUUUUCCACCAGGAAAUGUAUUUGUCUGCAAUGGAAGAAGAAUCCAAUUUCUGCCUCGUGAAUAUCUCUCAUUUGAAUAUAAAUCAAAGAUGUGCUUUUUUUUUGCUGCCUUUUCCUGUUUUGUCCGGUCAAAAUUGCAACUGUUUCCAUUAAGCGAGGCCGUCUCCCCCGCUCCUCUCGUCUCCCCCACUCCCCCCGUCUCCCCCUAUCCUCCUCGUCUCGCACGCUCCUCCACUCCCCCUCUCCUCCUCGUCUCGCACGCUCCUCCUCUCACCCGCUCCCGCUCCCGCACUCCUCUCCUCUCCCUCUCUCCUCCUCGUCUCCCCCACUCCUCCUCGUCUCCCCCGUUCCCCCCCCUCUAGCUGAAUUAAACAUGGCUCAGCCCAACACUUCGGCGCAUUCAGAAGUUAAUUAUCAGAGUGGAGAUUAGGUCCCAGAAGUUGCCCUGUUGACAGCGCGGUCAUUAUUACACCAGGGCCGGUCCUGGCCCGGUGAACCCACUCUGUGUUCACAUCUCUCUGGGUCCAUUAUUACACCCGGGCCGGUCCUGGCCCGGUGAACCCACUCUGUGUUCACAUCCCUCUGGGUCCAUUAUUACACCAGGGCCGGUCCUGGCCCGGUGAACCCACUCUGUGUUCACAUCCCUCUGGGUCCAUUAUUACACCAGGGCCGGUCCUGGCCCGGUGAACCCACUCUGUGUUCACAUCCCUCUGGGUCCAUUAUUACACCAGGGCCGGUCCUGACCCGGUGAACCCACUCUGUGUUCACAUCCCUCUGGGUCUAUUAUUACACCAGGGCCGGUCCUGGCCCGGUGAACCCACUCUGUGUUCACAUCCCUCUGGGUCCAUUAUUACACCAGGGCCGGUCCUGGCCCGGUGAACCCACUCUGUGUUCACAUCCCUCUGGGUCCAUUAUUACACCAGGGCCGGUCCUGGCCCGGUGAACCCACUCUGUGUUCACAUCCCUCUGGGUCCAUUAUUACACCAGGGCCGGUCCUGGCCCGGUGAACCCACUCUGUGUUCACAUCCCUCUGGGUCCAUUAUUACACCCGGGCCGGUCCUGGCCCGGUGAACCCACACUGUGUUCACAUCCCUCUGGGUCCAUUAUUACACCAGGGCCGGUCCUGGCCCGGUGAACCCACUCUGUGUUCACAUCCCUCUGGGUCUAUUAUUACACCAGGGCCGGUCCUGGCCCGGUGAACCUUCUGAGAAAGAGGGAUCUUUUGUUCGUAAUGUUUUUGGUCAGCCUGUUUGCAGUGCUGGAGUUAUUUUCCUUAGCCCUUUUCCUCCAUUUGGAGCGCUUUUGUUUUGUUCCCUUUUUAGCCUCAGAGCAGCGUAGCCUAGUUUUAUAGCCGCUUUUGUUUUCUUCUCCUUGUUAGCGAUUUUGUGUUCUUUUCCUACCACCUUAUUUGCCAGAUCAGAGUAGUUUAGUUUCUCGUUUUUCCAGAUAAGUGUGAUUUUAGUUUCUUGUGUUUUGUCAAGUUUUCCUCGCCUGUCGUUUGAGGGUUUCAUAGCAAUGAUUUGAUCACUUGUUUUGACGAGAGGACAGGCAGUCCAAAAUAAAGCUUGUUUGGACCGUUCGCCUAUUUGCAUCUAGGUCCUCUUUCUAGAGCCCGCCUGACACGGCUGUGGUGAAAAGAAAGUGUCCCAAGCUGUUGCACCACUUCCACUUUUGCUGUGAACAGACUCGAGACCUCCACUGAGACCAUAUUGAGGUCGAGAUGCUCAACAUGGGGGCUUUGCUGCUGUUACUAAUCGGUGUGACUGAUGGUGUGAAGACCUUCUGCGACGCCACACAGGAAGAAUACACAGCCCGGUGCUUCGGCUCCCUGGGAGGAACCCUGGAGGUCAAGCUGUCCAUGACCGCAAGGCCGUUUCAAUAUGAAGUGAAGCAAGACAAUGUUCUGAUUGAUCUUUUCGACCCUCAGAUAUUAAACACUCGAUUUUCAAUUACAUUCAGUCCUAGAAUAUUAACUGUAAAGGACCUCAACAGGUCGGACAAUGGUGAAUACUCAAUGCUUGAUUUAUUUGGCUUAAGAAGGACAACAAAUUAUUUUUAUUUAUCCAUUGAAGCCCCGGUCUCCUCUCCCCUCCUGUCCCGGGAGUGUCUGUCCCGGGGACAGCAGAGGGUGUCCUGCGCUGCAGAGGGGGACGGACCCCACUACAGCUGGAGUCUAGACGGACUCCCGCUGAACGCCACGCGUCUCCUCUCUGGACCCAGUAACGCUAGUGACGUCACUCUGGAGCCGGGCCUGUCUGGGCUGAUCACCUGCUCGGUCCGCAACAACGUGAGCGCAGCCGCGGCUAACCUAGCCCUGUCUGUGUGUGACCACCCCAUCCCUAUCGUCGCUCGUUAUCUGACGGUGGUGGGGCUGCUGCUAGUAGCAUUGGGAGUCUACUGGGCACUGAAGAAAAAGAAAACUUCAAGACUUCAAGACAUCCCGCUGUCCUCCAUGGCGACCGGGGGAGCAGGGGGGGAGUGAGGAGGAGAACGGCUGUUCCAGGUGGCUCCAGGCCUCAGGCGGACGCUGGAAGCUAAAGGGCGUCCUAUCCUAGCUGUCUCUGUUGUAUACAGGGAAUGGGUUAACCUAGUGAUUGUUAGUGCUUGUCACUUGGUUCUCUGAACAUCCUUCUGUACUGACAGCGAUAUAUACAGUUUCUAAGUCGCUUCGGAUACAAGCGUCUGCUAAAUGCCCUAAAUGUAAAUGUUAAUGUAAUUUUUUCAAUUAAUUAAUUAAAUUGAUAAUAUUGAUUGCAUUUUUUUACUUUGCCUGUGUUUUCUUAUAUUUAUCUAUUUUAUUUUAUUUCAUUUUAUUGUAUGGCAAUGUGUUUAUGUGAGGUACUUUGAGUCCGCCUUGUGUAUAUAAGUGCGAUAUAAAUAAAGUUGCCUUGCCUUACUUUCUAGGGGUUGUCAUCUUCUACUGCCAAAACAAACAAUAUGGCUGACAUUAAGUUGAUCCUUGG